AUGACAAAAGUUCUUCCACUGAUAGAGAAGAUCCCACAAACGAUCCUUGGAUUCUUAGAAUCUUCUCCAUCUUGUUGGUCCUCUUCUCUAUCAAAGACAACGCAAGCUCAUGCUCAUCUACUCAAAUCGGGAGCCCAGAACGAUGGCUACAUCUCCGCAAAACUCAUCGCUUCCUACUCGAAUUACAGCUGCUUCGACGACGCGAAUCUCAUCUUACAAUCGAUUCCGGAUCCAAAUGUAUACUCUUUCUCGUCUCUUAUCUACGCGUUAACAAAGGCCAAGCUUUACUCCCAAUCUCUCGGCGUGUUUUCUCGGAUGUUCUCUCGUGGGUUGAUUCCAGAUACUCACGUUCUUCCCAACUUGUUCAAAGUCUGUGCUGAGUUAUCGGCUUUUAGAGCUGGUAGACAGAUUCAUUGUGUGUCGUGUGCGUUGGGGUUGGAUGGGGAUGGGUUUGUUCAGGGCUCUUUGUUUCAUAUGUACAUGAGGUGUGGUAAGAUGGGUGAUGCACGGAAGGUGUUCGAUAGAAUGCGUGAGAGAGAUGUUGUGACUUGUAGUGCUUUGCUUUGUGGGUACGCGAGGAAGGGUUGUUUGGAAGAGGUGGUUCGGGUACUCUCUGAGAUGGAAAGUGAGGGUAUUGAACCGAAUGUCGUGUCUUGGAAUGGGAUUCUUAGUGGGUUUAAUCGUAGCGGGUAUCAUAAGGAAGCGGUGGAGAUGUUUCAGAAGAUGCAUCAUCUGGGUUUUUUACCUGAUGAGGUUGCUGUUUCAAGUGUUCUUCCUUCUGUUGGAGACUCGGAGAGGUUGGAUUUAGGGAGGCAGGUUCAUGGGUAUGUGGUUAAACAGGGUUUGCUGAAGGAUAAAUGUGUUAUUAGUGCGAUGAUUGAUAUGUAUGGGAAGUCUGGUCGUGUGUAUGGGAUUAUAAAACUUUUUGAAGAGUUUGAGGUGAUGGAGACCGGGGUUUGCAAUGCAUGCAUUACAGGGCUGUCUCGAAAUGGUCUUGUUGACAAGGCCCUUGAGAUGUUUGAGUUGUUCAAGGAACAGAAGAUGGAGCUAAAUGUGGUGUCAUGGACUUCAACCAUAGCUGGAUGUGCACAGAAUGGGAAAGAUAUUGAAGCCUUGGAACUGUUUAGAGAAAUGCAGGUUGCUGGAGUGAAGCCAAACCGUGUAACAAUCCCUUCAAUGCUUCCAGCGUGCGGAAAUAUAGCAGCGUUGGUUCAUGGGAGAUCGGCUCACGCAUUUGCUGUACGAAUCCACCUUUUGGAUGAUGUUCAUGUAGGAAGCGCUCUGAUUGACAUGUAUGCCAAAUGUGGAAGAAUCAACAUGUCUCAGGUUGUCUUUGAUAUGAUGCCCACGAAAAACUUAGUCUGCUGGAACUCUUUAAUGAGUGGAUACUCAAUGCACGGGAAGGCCAAAGAAGUCAUGAGCAUAUUUGAAUCUCUUGUGAGAACGAGGUUAAAGCCUGAUUUCAUCAGCUUCACAAGCUUAUUAUCAGCAUGUAGUCAAGUAGGUUUAACAGAUGAAGGAUGGAGAUACUUCGGCAUGAUGACUGACGAAUAUGGGAUUAAACCGAGGUUGGAACAUUAUUCUUGCAUGGUGAGCCUUCUUGGACGCGCAGGGAAGUUGCAAGAAGCAUAUGAUAUGAUACAGGAGAUGCCUUUGGAGCCAGACUCUUGCGUCUGGGGAGCUUUGCUAAACUCUUGCAGACUUCAAAACAAUGUAGAGUUAGCUGAGAUCGCAGCAGAGAAACUUUUUGGUUUAGAACCAGAAAACCCAGGGAAUUACGUUCUUUUGUCCAAUAUUUACGCAGCUAAAGGCAUGUGGGAAGAAGUAGACAGUAUUAGAAACAAGAUGGAGGGUCUGGGGAUGAAGAAGAACCCGGGUUGCAGCUGGAUUCAAGUGAAGAACAAAGUGUACACGCUUCUUGCUGGUGACAAGUCGCAUCCGCAGAUAGAUCAAAUAACAGAGAAGAUGGAUGAGAUUAGUAAAGAGAUGAGGAAAUCAGGUCAUCUCCCAAAUUUGGACUUUGCGCUGCAAGAUGUGGAGGAGCAAGAGCAAGAGCAGAUAUUAUGGGGACACAGCGAGAAACUAGCAGUAGUGUUUGGUCUUCUGAACACACCAGAGGGGACACCACUUCAGGUCAUAAAGAACCUUAGGAUAUGCGGAGAUUGCCACUCAGUCAUUAAAUUCAUAUCGGGUUACGCCGGUAGAGAGAUUUUCGUUAGAGAUACGAAUAGGUUUCAUCACUUUAAAGAUGGUGUUUGUUCUUGUGGAGAUUUCUGGUGACAUUUUUAGUGGGAAUUUCUUUUUACUAUAAAAAGAUUUUGGAUCAUCAUGUUUUUUUCUACUAUACAAGUUCUU